AUGAUACGCCAUAUACGUCUUUCACAUCAGAAGGACGAGCGCCUGACACGGUACCAUGGUGUGAAUCUGUACGUAAAUAACCUGCACGAUAUGAUUACCGAUGAGGUGCUGCGGAAGGAGUUUGCCCCGUACGGUACGAUCACCUCGGCCAAGGUAAUGAUGGACGAGGGCCGCUCGAAGGGUUUCGGUUUCGUGCGCUUCUCGGCACCGGAUGAAGCGACCAAGGCGAUAAAGGAGAUGAACGGACAUAUUGUCGGUUCGAAGCCGCUGUACGUGGCACUUGCCCAGCGCAAGGAGGAGCGUAAAUCGCUCCAAACCAAUAAGGACAUUCGGCAUGUGGCUCAAAAUACUCUUUUUAUUAAGAAUUUGCAUAAAAAAGUCAAGUGGAAGAAUCUGUACGACUUGUUCGAUGUCCACGGCAAGGUGAAAUACGUUCAUUUGAUCAACCACGAACGAGGCUUCAAUCGGGACUAUCCAACCGGAUGGGCCAUCGUAUAUUUAAAAACAUCGGAAGAGGCUGGCAGGGCAAUGGCAAAAAUGCACGGACACGUUUUGUAUGGCAAGCCAAUGCGCGUGGAGUACCGCAAAUCGAACUACGAGCUGAAAAAAGAGAUGUUCGACAAGUACUUCGGUCGGAAAAGCUAUGGGCAAUCUACAGUUAUCCAACAAACUAACACUGGCCGAGUUUCGGUGUUGGCAAAAACAAAUGAUGCCAAGGAUAUGGCGUCCACGAAGCAAAUGUACGCGAACAAGUUGGCUGUUUUAGCCCGACAUUCACAUCCUAAGGAUUGCGAAAAAAUUGCCGAACUGCUGCUCGAGUACGAUAACGAUCGGCUAGAAGCCUUCUUCGAGACACCGCGCUACAUACAGAUGCACGUGGAUAACGCGGCAACAGCGAUUACGGUUUUAGCAAUGAGUAACGGAGAAAUGUAA